UAUUCACCUCUUUCAAGCGCUCUCUCCUCUCCACUAUAUAUAAAUUCACCUCUCCUGCUCUCUCUUCAUUCUGACCCAUAGAAGAAACCCAAAGUGCAACUAAAACCCAAAAAAAAUGUCUAAGCUUACAACCCUCUUCACCGUAGCCCUUCUCCUCAGCUUCGCGCUUACUUGUUCUACUCGCCCCCAGCCGGUCCUAUCCGAUGACUCUCUGGAUGCCAUGGCAGCUGAGGCUGCGGUUGUUGAGAGUUGUGAAGGACUAGGAGAAGAGGAGUGCUUGAUGAGAAGGACCCUCGCUGCUCAUGUGGAUUAUAUAUAUACACAGAAGCGCAAGCCAUGAGCUAGUUAUCGUGAAAUUGUAAAAUCAAUAAUGAUUCAAGUUAAUUGCAUCUGUUGGUAAUAAUAUAUUAAGAAGUCUAUCCUGCUUCUUGCUUUUGUGUUAUAGCCUCAAGAUUUUACGUUCUUGGACGUGUUUUCUUUACGUUGUGAUCAGAAAUAAUUCAUUACCAGAAUAAGAAAACAAAUCAAGUUACUUUUUAGCACCACCGUGUGCAAUCCA